ACACGUACGGUAGCGCCCAUAAACUCUUCGGUGUCUUACUCGAGUCAGGCUCUAAUCCAGACUACAAACUUCAGUUUUCUUUCUCUUCAUCCUUUUACGAUGUCCGCCGCAACUUCAGACCUUAUCGUUGAACUAGCACAUGAGCGUGCUGGUGCGGGUAUCGAAACUCCCCGACACAAAGCGGCGCCUGGAACCGCUUUGGAUGAACUCAUUGCUGAGUUCGCACCUUCCAAGGAACCUAUCAUCGCUGUGGAUAUGGAUGAUGUAUUAAGUCAGACAAAUGAAAUCGUCGCUACAUGGCACAAUGAGGUUUAUGGCACAAACAUGCAGCUGGAGCACUUUUAUUAUUAUCAUUAUUGGCAGAACCCAUACUGGGGUACACCAGAAGAGACGUUCCGCAAAGUGGAAGAAUUCUGGAAGACCAACUACAUCGAAAUUGUUCCUCCAGUAGAUGGUGCUCCAGAAGGUAUCAAAAAGCUCCGUGAACUCGGAUUCAGACUAGUGGUCGUGACUGCUCGUCAAGUGCGGGAGAUGCAUCGCGGCAAGAAAUGGCUAGAGACGCACUUCCCUGGAAUGUUCGAUGGAAUGAUUUGUACUGGUCAGAGUCAGGAAACCUUGGCGGAGCCGCACGAGGCAUUGACGAAGCUGUCUAAGGCCGGAGUUUGUCAUAAGCUUGGAGCUAAACUCCUGAUUGACGACUCAAUAGAGAACGCACUCAAAUGUCUUCACGCCGAUCCACCUGUUCCAGUCCUUUUGUUCGGUGACAGAGAAUGGAACAAGCGCGAAUCCAAGUACGAAAACAUCAAUACCGAGCUCAGCUUCGAGCAACGGCUUGAAAAGGAGGGUGGCAGGGAGUUCUGGAAAGAAGAGAAUGUUGAGAUUCCAGAAGGAGCGCCUUUGACGAGAGUAAACGAUUGGGUGGAACUUGUUGCUUGGGUUGAGGAGACUAGGCAUGCAGGAUGCCUGUAGAAUUCGUCCCGAGGCCAGAGGUAAUGUGGAACAACGAUGUACCAUAGAAUUUUAAGAAGAUAUCCAUAAGCCAUACCCAGAUAUUUAUUCUCCAUUUUGUGGGACUCGUUUCCCUGUUUCGU